AUGGCUGGUCGUGUGUUGACCCGAAGUUGCAGCACUCGCGAGCGUUUUGAUGAGACCCUCUCUUCUCACCCCGACGAUUUUCGCGCCUUCCUCUCAAGGUUUGAAGCCAAGGGCAAAGGCAUCUUGCAGCGCCGCCAAAUCCUUGCUGAACUUGACACGAUCCCUGAGGAGAGGAGAGCAAAGCUUCUUGAUGGGGCUUUCGGUGAAGUCCUCAGAUCGACGCAGGAAGUAAUUGUUUCGCCUCCAUGGGUUGCUCUUGCUGCUCGUCCAAGCCAAGGUGUGUGGGAACACAUCCGUGUGAACGUCCGUGCGCUUGUUCUUGAGCAAUUACAGGUUGGCGAGUAUCUAUACUGCAAAGAAGAGAUUGCUGAUGGAAGGUCAGGAUCUUCAUUCUUGAACUCUAAACCAUUCACUGCCACGUUUCAGCGCCCGACUCGUUCAACGUCUAUUGGGAAUGGUGUUGAGUUUAUCUGUCGCCAUCUCUCCGGUAAGCUCUUCAAUGACAAGGAUAGCUGGUACCCACUGCUUAAAUUCCUUCAAGACCACAGCUACAAGGGGAAGAACAUGAUGGUGAAUGCGAGAAUCCAGAAUAUGUUCUCCCUCCAAUCUGUCUUGAUGCAGGCGGAAAAGUAUCUGAACCUGCUCCAACCUGAGACUCCAUUUUCCGAGUUCGAGCACAUGUUGCAGGAGAUUGGGCUGGAGCAGGGGUGGGGUGACACAGCUGAGCGGGUCCUCGACAUGAUUCAGCUCCUGUUGGAUCUCCUUAUGGUCCCCAACCCGGGCGCUCUGGAGAAGUUCUUGGGAAGGAUUCCGAUGGUCUUUGAUGUUGUCACUGUGUCUCCCCAUGGAUACUUUGCUCAGGACAAUGUCCUAGGUCAUCCAGAUACCGGUGGCCAGGUUGUUUACAUCCUGGAUCAAGUUCGAGCCCUUGAGACUGAAAUGCUUCGCCGCCUUAAGCAACAAGGACUGGAUAUUACUCCUCGGAUCCUCAUUAUCACUAGGCUUCUCCCGGAUGCAGCUGGAACCACCUGUGGCCAGCGCCUCGAGAAAGUUUUCGGGACUGAGCACUCCCACAUUCUUCGCAUCCCCUUCAGGAAUGAGAAUGGAAUAGUACGUGAGUGGAUUUCCCGGUUUGAGGUGUGGCCCUAUUUGGAAAGAUUCACCGAGGAUGUUGCGAAAGAACUCAAUGGAGAGUUGCAGCGCAAGCCUGAUCUGAUCAUUGGAAACUACAGUGAUGGAAACAUCGUUGCUUCCUUGCUAGCCAGAAAAUUAGAUGUUACACAAUGCACAAUAGCACAUGCCCUUGAGAAGAGAAAAUACCCAGAGUCUGACAUAUACUGGAAGAAUUUUGACAAGAAGUACCACUUCUCUUGCCAGUUCACCGCGGAUCUCAUCGCCAUGAACCACACUGACUUCAUCAUCGCCAGCACCUCCCAAGAAAUUGUUGGAAGCAAGGAUACUGUGGGGCAGUAUGAGAGUUACAUGAACUUCGCUCUUCCUGGACUCUAUCAAGUUGUCCACGGAAUCGAUGUCUUUGACCCGAAGUUCAACAUUGUUUCUCCGGGUUCCGACAUGAGCAUCUAUUUCCCCCACACCAACCAGAACCGACGGUUGAAAUCCUUCCAUCCUGAUAUCAAAGAACUUCUCUUCAGCAAUGUCGAGAAUGAGGAACACUUAUGUGUGUUGAAAGAUAAGAACAAGCCGAUUAUUUUCACCAUGGCGAGGCUGGACUGUGUCAAGAACUUGACAGGGCUUGUCGAGUGGUAUGGCAAGAACUCCAAGUUGAGGGAACUGGCCAACUUGGUCGUGGUUGGGGGCAACAGGAGGAAGGAUUCCACGGACUUGAAAGAGCAGGCCGAGGUGAAGAAAAUGUGUGAACUUAUCAAGAAGUACGAGCUGAAUGGCCAGUUCAGGUGGAUUUCCUUCCAGACGGACCGGGUGAGGAAUGGAGAGCUCUACCGCUGCAUCUGUGACACAAAGGGAGUCUUUGUUCAACCGGCUAUCUAUGAAGCUUUCGGGAUGACUGUGGUCGAGGCCAUGGCUUGUGGAUUGCCGACCUUUGCCACUUGCAAUGGUGGGCCGGCUGAGAUCAUUGUGCAUGGUGAAUCGGGCUUCCACAUUGAUCCUUACCGUGGUGACCGGGCAGCCGAGCUUCUUGUGGAGUUUUUUGAGGAGUGCAAGACUGAUCAGAGCCACUGGGACAAAAUCUCGGAGGGCGCCGUGCAGAGAAUUGAAGAUAAGUAA